CCGAACCCCGCCACGGGGUGGCCCACUACUCAAAUUCACCGGAACCGUUGACUCCCCAUCUCACUCUCUCUCUCUCUCCCCCUCUCUCUCUACCACCGCUCCACAUCACUCUCCACCGCCAACCUCUCUCCAACACCAAGCCAUUAGACACACAAAAAAAGCUUAUUUCAUUUCACACUGUUUUGCAAAUCAUAUUCUUCCCCUAGCUUUUCUUCAUCACUCGAUUCGCUAUCAUUUCUCUCCCUGCACAGCUCAAUCGACACAUACUAGUAUCGAUACGAACUUGACCGCUUUGCAAAUGGACGAGUUUGGCGUUUUGGUUGAAAGUAUUGGGUUCAAAGCACAGGGAAAAUCAACCCCAAUGGCCGAUUUGAAGACCAAAACGAACACUAACAAUCGGGGUUCUCGAAAUUUCGGAAUCAAUUCCAGUUCCGACCUCAAACCCACUUCAGUAAAUCAAUCGAAAUCGGUAUAUACUUGGAAUUCAACUACUGGGUCCUUCGAUGGUGAUAUCCACGGAAAUUUUCGAUCCAGUAACAAUCGGAAAGCCGGGAAUUUAACUGAUUUUGAUGGCUUUGACGACGUAUUUGGUGAACCUGUUAAGACUUCGAAGCCAUCAGGUGGUGAUGGUUUUGAUUUGGAUUCAAUUUUUAAGGGUUCGAAUAAUUUUAGUGUGAGGUCAUCUGUAUACGAUGAUGAAGAUGAUGAUAUAUUUGGUGUAAUGCCGGGGUUGAAGAGCUCCACAGCAGUCAAUAAUGAUGACUUGUUAGGAAAUUUUGGUGGAAUGGGGUUGGGAUCCAAUGGGUUGAGGAAGAAUUUGGGAGAAAUGGAGCAAAGUGAUCAGAAUUUGGAUGAUUUGAUACCUGGGUUUGGUGGAAGUAGCACUUCAAGUAAUGGAGAAAAUGCAAAAACAAGCUGCUCUCCACUGUCAAGUGGUCGUUCAGCUAAAUCAACCUCCACUUCAUCAGAAGACCCUUUUGUAGUCUUAGAGCAAUCUCCUUCCCAGGCAUAUACUUCUGGGUUGUUUUCAGAACCUGUGGAACAAUAUGCAGGAAAAAGCUCAGUUUUAUCUUCAGUUGAUGAACUUGAGGAUUUUGCCAUGGGUAAGGUGCGAAAUAAUGCAAAUGAGCAAUCAGAUUAUUCCCCGAAGGAAAGAGUUGAGACAGCUACACAUGAUCUAGACUUCCUUUUCAAUAUGGGUGCUCAGCCAAGCAGUGGUUCAAGGCAUAAGUCUACAAUGGCCGACCCUGUGUUUGAUUCAUUGUUCCAGAGCAGAGGAGACCCUGGAGUGAAACGAACUCCUUCUAUGACUUCAUCUGGUGCAAAGAAGGCUUUUCCCACUACAAAUAUUGUUGAUGACUUUUCGCUCUUUUUUGGAGCUGCCCCUUCAUGUGGAGAAUUUCAGGAAAUUGAAGGAGAAAGUGAAGAAAGACGAAAAGCCAGAUUAAACCAUCAUAUGAGGACCCAGCAGCGAAUGGCAAAAGCUUUGGCAGAAAAGAAUCAGCGAGACCUUCAGACUCAGCUGGAGCAAGAAGAGAGGCAUAGGAUUGCUGAAACUCUAGACAACAAUGUAAAGCAAUGGGCUGCAGGGAAGGAAGGAAAUUUGCGUGCGCUGUUGUCAUCAUUGCAAUAUGUGCUAUGGCCUGAAUGUCGUUGGCAGCCAGUUUCAUUGAUAGACUUGAUUACUUCUGUCUCUGUGAAAAAGGUUUAUUAUAAAGCUACCUUAUACGUUCAUCCUGACAAGGUUCAACAGAAAGGUGCCGAUAUUCAACAAAAGUAUAUUGCGGAGAAGGUUUUUGAUGUUCUUAAGGAAGCUUGGAACAAAUUCAAUUCAGAGGAACUUUGAGUACAAUGGUUUUUCUACUACGAAUUUUGUACUGUACCCACUUCAUUGAGCCUCCACACGAGCCUUCUUUGGUUCAGAAAUGUACAUACAAUACUCGUUGAAUUGUUUGAACACAACUCUCUGAAUGCAGUGGGCUUAAAAUUGUGUCAUGCCUAUUGAUUAAACUGCUUUAUCAUUGCACGGUUCCCAAUGCUUGAAGGUGGAAAUGCACGAGGACUGGUCCGUUAGGUUCUGUUUGUUGUAAAAUAAUAUUAUUGAUGCCAGUUUUCACACAGGAAAUAAUCCCACUUGCUUUUAGUGCAUGAUCUGUAAAAAUGAAUAUCAAUAGUGUUUGUUCAUGUGUCAUAUUCAAAAUUGAUGCGGUUAAUAUUAGCUGGUUCUGGAAAUUGUUUCUA